CCAAUGGGAAGUACAAUUAAAACUACGCAACUAGUCAUCCUUUCUUAAUUCCCCUUCUCAUCUCAUUCCCGCAAUUGUGAUCGAGAUUAAUAAAACGAAAAUAGCCGAAGUCAGUCUUGUGUUCAAUUUGCUCGAUGGAUUUUAUGAAUUCCAUCAACGCAUACUAUCGCUAUAUUGUGUACAUACUUCUUUCCAUAGUGUUAUUAUAUAUUCUCUUGUUAACCUCUUCUCCUAAGAGCAACAAUUUUGAUUUAUAUCCUACUCAACCUUCAAAAACUUUUAACAUGAAAAUGUACGGAGAUGAGCUUGAAGAAGCAUUGGCUAGAGCAUCAACGGAGGACAAGACUGUAAUCAUCGCGAUUCUAAACAAAGCCUAUGUGGAGGGGGAUAAGCCGAUGUUAGAUAUUUUCCUGGAUGGUUUCUGGCUCGGAGAAGGUACCGAGGAUUUAAUCAAACAUCUUUUGAUCGUGGCGAUGGAUCAAAUGUCUUACAGAAGGUGCAAGUUCCUCCAUCUUCAUUGUUACAAACUCCAAACAGACGGUGUGGAUUUUGUCGGAGAGAAACUCUAUAUGUCAAAAGACUUUAUAAAGAUGAUGUGGCAAAGAACCCAGUUCUUAGGAGAUGUUCUAAAACGUGGUUAUAGCUUCAUCUUCACGGACGCUGAUGUGUUAUGGCUCAGAAAUCCAUUCCCAAAUUUGAGCCACAACAAAUCCAUAGACUUGCAAAUUAGCACAGAUAAUUUCAACGGCGACCAAUGGUCCGAGGCCAAUCCAAUUAACACGGGCUUCUACAUGAUCAGAUCAAACAGCAAAACUAUCGCUUUGUUUGAUAAUUGGUACGCGAAGAAAGACAAUUCCACCGGAUUAAAAGAACAAGAUGUUCUGCAGAACCUAAUACGUGAAGGAAUAUUACGAAAUUUAGGCCUUAAAUUGAGAUUCUUGGACACUAUUUAUUUUAGCGGAUUUUGUCAAAAUAGCAAGGAUGUUAAGGUUGUUUUUACUGUUCAUUCCAAUUGUUGUAGAAGAAUUAGUGCCAAAAUGGCUGAUUUAACAACAGUCAUUCAUGAUUGGAAGAGGUUUAUGAGCGCCACCACGAAUGAGACGUUGAGUUUUCAGUGGACGCCCCAUGAUAACUGUCGGAAUUCUUGGCAAAAUUGAUGAUAUUGUAUGAUCAUAUCUUAUGUUGAGAAACAUAACAGUUAUAUGGUUACAAUUUUUUUUUCUUUCAAAUCAUUCUUGUGGAUUUGUAG